GCAAGCGCAGAAGGAAGGCGGACGACAAACCUCCAGGGCGCGCCCUUCCCUCCCUCUCUUUCCGGCCUCCUCCCACCGCGCAGGCGCAGAGGGAACCAAGAUGGCGGCUCCCGUGGAUCUGGAGUUGAAGAAGGCCUUUACAGAGCUUCAAGCCAAAGUUAUUGACACUCAACAGAAGGUGAAGCUUGCAGACAUACAGAUUGAACAGCUAAACAGAACGAAAAAGCACGCACAUCUUACAGACACAGAGAUUAUGACUUUGGUAGAUGAGACUAACAUGUAUGAAGGUGUAGGAAGAAUGUUUAUUCUUCAAUCCAAGGAGGUAAUUCACAAUCAGCUGUUAGAGAAACAGAAAAUAGCAGAAGAAAAAAUUAAAGAAUUGGAAAAUGAGGAUAUUGGUCAGAUAGUGGUUUCUGAAACAAGUAGGAAGAAUACUGGCACAAAAACAGAAAAAGUCCUACCUGGAGCGGAGCGUGAAAGAAGCUGAGGACAACAUCCGAGAGAUGCUUAUGGCACGAAGGGCACAGUAGGAGGCCUCCGCGGGAAGCUUCUCCCCUUGACACUCCUACUCCCGGCAAGGGCAGAGGGGCCUGUGCGGGGAAGCAACCUCUGCUCUGAUGGGCAUUUUUUCUGGACGGUCUGGUAACACUGUUUUCUACAUCACCCUAAGCCCCUGUAUUUUUUAUCCUGGCUCUGCGGGCCACCCCUGCCCAGGGCACUCCUCUCCCCUGGGGGUGCGGCAUGAGCACCCAGGAGAGGGAGGAGGGGAGCCAGGACGCACCGGGGAGCUCUGCUGAGCCGCCUGCUAGUCACGCUGGGCGGACCAAUAAAAGGCCUCCGUCCCGC